AUGCGUCCCACUGCGACAUUGAUGCGACUGGCCCUGUGCCUUUCCUCGGCUGCCCCUCUGGUCUCAGCUUGGCCGGGCUGGCUGCCCGAGCUUGACGCGCUCGUUGUUCGUGCCGAUAAGGGUAGUGAGGGAAACACAGCAAACCCAACCAGCCCAACCAACCCACCAAACGAAGAAGGAAACACGGCCCAGCCAACCCAGCCAAGCGAAUCGGGCAAGAAGGGUGGCUCAUCAAAGACGAGUGAUAGUGGCCAUAAGAAGACGACCACUACCAAAAAGGCUGCUCACCAUACCCAGUUUGAUCCCGAGGCUCCUCCAGGAAAUGUUGUCAUGCAGACACCCAAUGUUUUCGCUGGCAGUGCCCUGUACAAGAUUGACGACUACGUCACCUGGGGCUGGAAUUACACAAACCUCCUUGGCACCCCAACCGCCGUCGAUGUUCUCAUCAGCUGCUCACAAGCCUCCGAGACCUGGACCCUCACCUCAAACAUGACCUUCAAGACCUCUGUUGAAUUCGUUUGGGACAGCAGCGCCAACCCAACCCCGGCCGACCAGCCCUUCCCCGUCGCCAUGUACACCCUCAUCAUCAAGGAUUCCGAUGCCGCCAUCACCUCCAUUCCCGACCCUGGCUACUUGGGCACCUUUAACACCUUCACCUUUGGUCUGUACACCCCGCAGCCAUACGUUCCCUUCCCCGAGUGGCAUUGCGACGCCUGCAACGCAGCCCUUUCCAAGUUUGACCACCACGUUCUCGGCUUUGCCAUCACUAUGGGCCUGGUAACCGUGCUCAGCUUUACUUGGUUUGUUUCCGGCCUCGACAUCAACUAA